AUGUCUGGCCUAUUCCAACCUCUCCGCAUUGGCGACGUUGAAUUACAGCACCGAGUUGUCAUGGCUCCUCUCACUCGCCUGCGCGCCGAUGCGGAACACGUCCCCCUUCCUAUGGCCACCACAUAUUACGAACAACGCGCCUCAGUCCCUGGGACAUUGAUUAUCGCCGAAGCAACCCAGAUCUCCGCCUCCGAGGGUGGAAUACCCCAUGGCCCAGGGAUCUGGACCGAAACGCAAAUUCAAGGAUGGAAAAAAAUCACUGAUGCUGUCCACGCCAAAGGCAGCUAUAUUUAUUGCCAGUUGAUUGCACUUGGUCGAGCAGCUGAUCCAGAUCAAUUGAAAAAAGAGGGAGGGUAUGAUCUGCUUGCACCUAGUCCUAUUCCAAUGGAAUCUGGAAUGCCGACUCCCAAGGAACUUAGGGAGGAACAGAUCCAAAGUAUUGUUAGCAAUUUUGCAAUUGCAGCAAGGAAUGCAAUCCGUGCUGGAUUCGAUGGCGUUGAGGUCCACGGAGCGAAUGGGAUCAAUGGGGUGGGAAGUGUUCCGAACCGCGCCCGGUUCGGUCUGGAUGUGGCUAGGGUGUUGGUGGAUGCCGUUGGCCCUGAGAGGGUUGGAUUCCGACUCAGUCCAUGGAAUACCUGGCAGAGCAUGAAAAUGGCCGACCCUGUUCCCCAGUUUGCCUACUUUGUAGAGCAGUUGAAACAGCUCAAGCUAGCGUAUCUCCAUGUCAUCGAGUCGCGUGUGAUCAACAAUGUGGACUGUGAGAAAACGGAGGCAAUCAACUUCUUACUUGAUAUCUGGGGCAGAACUUCCCCUGUGCUUGUUGCAGGCGGGUAUAACGCGGAGAAUGUCCAAGUUGCCAUGGAAGAAGAGUACAAAAACAAUGACGUCGCUGUUGUCUUUGGUCGUCACUUCCUCGCGAAUCCUGAUCUACCAUUCCGGCUUCGGCAUCAACUUCCCCUGAAUGGUUAUGACCGGUCUAGCUUCUACACCGCUACGCAAGAAAAGGGCUACGCAGAUUAUCCAUUCAGGACAGAGUUCACGAAGAUAUAA